CAUUGUUAAAACAGCUGAUCUGCUGGUGUCGGUGCAUCUUGAACACAUCGCCGCAUUCCCAUUACCUAACCAAAACAAAAUAAGGACUAAAUACAAUAACGAUGUCCUGGCUUGCGAAUGCCUUUAGGAGGGCAAUUACCUCACCCAGCAUUCAACAGCAACUUGUACAGCAGUGUACUACCUUGGCUCCGGCAGCUACUUCAUCACCCGCCAAUGCUAUCGGUUUACGCCACCUUUCCUUCGAGGAAAAACGUGCUAAAGGACCUUUGAUACGCCGCUAUGGUUACAAGGAACGCCUACAUCAACGGGGGUUGCUUCCCCACUGGGACAAUGGACAAAAAUUACCAAUGCCCGAAUAUAGACCCAAGAAUGUUUGGUCUGAGAAACGUGCGCUGUUCGGACAAAAUGAUUACAUAGAUAUAUUAGGUUCGGAUCGUGUGCAUCCGGUUCGUGUACUUUAUUCAGUGCCCUCCUGGUUGCGUGGUGUUUCCGGCAAUGAGUAUCAAGUGUUGCUGCGUAAACGUAAAAUGCUCGAAAAAACUAAGUAUCCAAUAGCAAGACCAACAAAGUGGAAACAUCUACAGAAACGUAUACUCUAUCUGUAUCGAUUCCUUAAUCGCAAAACGAAGACAAGUUUCUCGAAACAGUAAAUAUGAAUAGCAGAAAUAAAUGUUUGCAACAAAUUGAUUUGUUUUUGGAUGACUAGCUUGUGUAGGUGGGUGGCGUUCGGACGUACAUUUUUCGGAGUAAUGCAAUAAAAAGUGGUUCGAAGAAAUAAGCAUAUUUUGUAAGUUGUUGCACUGUAGCAGCUUUUCUUAAAAUUAUCGAUCAAUAAAUUAUUGCAAGAGGAAA